UUUAUAAAAUGUUUAGAAAACCGACGCAAAGAUGGAAUAUGGAUGUACCCACCAACUCCUUUCAGCAUCGCAAUUCCGUCCUCAACUUUACGAGGAAAGGUUCGAUGAGAUUGCACGGAUUCCAACAGAAAAGAGCUUUAAAACGCGGAGGACUGAAAAGUAUCGAGAUGUUGUACCUAAAAUUCGCAGGCCAAGGAGAUGUGCAGAUGGUUGAAAAAUUGUUCAAAAAAUACUCAGAAGAACAGCUGAACAGAAAUUGUACCGACUUUUUCGAUCGAACGGCUCUUGUUCUUGCAAUCACAAACCGACACGAAGAUAUGAUAAAAUGCUUGCUAAGCAAUGGAGUCGAUCUUACGGAGUCACUGUUUUACGCCAUAGAAAAUGAGUUUACGGAGGCGGUGGAAUACAUACUAAACAGUGACACUGCCAAACAGACAAGACAUGUUGAAAUGUUGGUGACAAAGCGAAGAAUCAAUCUUCCCACGCUUCCUGAGUCUAUCAUGCUGGCGGCUCACAAGAAUAACUAUGAUAUAUUGGAGAUUCUGUACAACCACGGACAUCGUCUUCGUGAUUUGUCGGCAAGUGCAAGUAACAAAUGGGAUGAGAUCCGACUAAGGUGGCUGUACUAUAAAGCGCGGGCGAGUCAAGCUUACAUGAUAAUAAUGUACAAUAAAGAAAAAGUCGAUCCACUGAACGAAGCUAUCGAGUUUUACGGAACACUAAAAAGAGAAGGAUUAAAAGCGAGGGAGGUACGGGAAAGCUACAGGGAACUUGCGCAACAAUGCGAAGAAUUUGCCAUGGCAUUAUUAGACCAGAUACGAACUGCUCAAGAGUUGGCAGAUCUUCUUCGAUUCACGUUGGUUGGUCGGGAACAUGGAAAUACCAAUCAACUCGCUUUUAGUACCUUACCUAUGUUGAUUGCCCCUAACCCAACUUCUGAAGAAACACUUGAAAUACAUGCGAUUUUUGGCAGUAGAGACACAGUAAGUGACUUACCCAGUGAAUCAAAUUGGCCAAGUCCAUCUCAUCAAUCUCCAUCAAUAAGAAUAAAUGAUAACAAUACGUUGAAUCGCCAGGCGGAAAGAAUAAAAAGUAGACCAGCUGAGUUAUCACCAGAUGCAGCCGAUGUGAUUCGUAGUAUUACAAAUACGGCAUUGACGACCGCCCCCAAGUCAGAACGUCAUAUGCUUCCUGCUGUAGAUAAUCUGGCAAAUAACGAGCCCGACCAGAGAAGAAUAUCUCAGGUUAUGGAUUAUGUUCCAGAAGAAAGACAUAGAACGUUAGGAAUACGUAGACCGAUUUCGGCAUCUCUCAACGUGGAAUAUGCAAGACCAAUUCACUUUUUGAAGCCGAUAGAAAAAGCUGUUGACAACGGUAUGGUGCGUCUCGUAACUUGCGAAAACUCGCAGCUUGCCUUGACUUAUCUCAAGGAUGGUAUUUUAUUUCGAGAUGCGACACCAAAAAAAUGUCUUCUUCAGAAAUGUUUAGUUGGAAUCAUGUUUCCUAUAAUCAGCAUAGCAUUCUACUUCUUUCCAAACACUAGAUUGGGUUUGGUUGCCAGGAAUCCGACCGCCAAAUUAUGGAUGGAGGUUGCUUCUGAUAUUUAUCUCAUAAUUCUUCUCAUCAUUAAUUUGAUAUUAUCACAAGUUCGUGUUAUAAAAGUUGACGAUUUUUCACCAAUUCUUAUCAUUGCUUACUUUUGGAUGCCGGGGAAAUUCAUAAACCUCAUGUUUCUCACUUAUCAUCAAGGGAAAAGGGUUUUAUUUUCAAUUUGGAAUUGGAACGAUUUUGCAACUAUAUCACUUUAUACUGUAUUUAUGAUUUUACGGAUAUAUGGAUACACCAUAUCAGAUUCCACUGACAUUUCAAAGAUGCAAUGGGACCCUAUACCACUGUCCGACAUGAUGAUCAGCGCAGUAUAUAUUCUUGUGUUUCUCCGACCUCUGGAAAUACUUCGAGUGAACCGAACAUUUGGCCCAUUACAGGUAUCUGUUGACCGGAUGAUCGGAGACGUUUCCAAGUUUUUUCUCUUGUUCUUGGUUAUUUGGUUUGCGUUUUCAAGUGGGAUCAACACCCUCUACUGGAGUACAGCGGUCAGUCAGACGGAUUUCACAAUUUGCACUAUGGACAAAAAGAACAAGGUAUGGAGACAUGUCGUAUAG